AUGAAUAUGAUCCUGAGAGCAGGGGAAAGAGAAACACGAGGGCCACUUACCAAUGCAGGCAUCCGUCUACCAGCAAACAGAGGAUUCAUGGAUGAUCUCACCAUCACCACAGAAACCCAUAUCCAAGCUAGAUGGAUCCUGAAAGCCCUAGAUGAGACUGUGACAUGGGCAAGAAUGGUUUUUAAGCCAAAGAAGUCCAGGUGUCUGGUAGUAAAGAAGGGAAAGGUCACGACACAGUUCAAGUUAUUCAUCCAAGGCGAGGAAAUCCCAUCAUUGGUAGAUAACCCAAUCAAGUGCCUAGGUAAAUGGUUUGAUUCUACACUCUCAGACAAGAGCAGCAAAGGAAGAAUCCGGCAACAGCUUGAGGAAGGUCUCCGGAGAAUUGACAGAGCAGAACUACCAGGGAAGUUCAAGUCCUGGAUCUAUCAGCACGGUCUACUACCAAGGCUUGUUUGGCCACUGAUGGUCAACGAGAUACCAGUGAGUCUAGUGGAGCAACUCGAACAGGCAGUAAGCAAGCACAUAAGAAGAUGGCUAGGGCUGCCACCAUCGUUCAGCUCCAUAGGACUAUAUGGAAGGUGUACAAAGCUGCAGAUGCCACUGACAUCCCUAGUAGAGGAAUACAAGGUAGCAAAAGCAAGGCUGUUCCUAACACUACGGGACUCCGCAGACCAGAAGAUCAGUAAAGCUGGAAUAGAAAUCCGAACAGGGAGGAAGUGGUCGGCAAGCAAGGCAGUUGAACAAGCCGAGAGUAGUCUGCACCACCAGGUCAUUGUUGGAGCUACCAACAAAGGUCGGGAAGGCCUAGGGCAUGGGCAACAGCCCCGAUGGGAAAAGGCAGACAGCCAGGAAAGACGCUCCAUGGUACAACAGGAAAUCAGAAGGUCAGAAGAUACCCAUCGGUCUGCAAGAUCUGUGCAGAUGGGCCAACAAGGUUGUUGGAGUCGAUGGAAUCUGCCAGAGAGAAAGCUGACAUGGAGUGAACUCUGGCAGUAUGAACCCCUCCAGCUGUCCUUUUUACUGAGAUCAGUAUAUGAUCUUUUGCCAACACUAACAAACCUUGAAAGAUGGAAGCUUAGUGACGACCCAAGCUGUCCACUAUGCAGCCAGAGAGGGACACUAGCACAUGUACUCUCAUCCUGUCCUGUUGCUCUCUCUCAAGGUCGUUACAGAUGGAGGCACGACCAAGUCCUGCGAGUGCUUGCCAACAUCCUGGAGCAAGAAAGAAGGAAGGAGCGGCAAAUCAACACCAAAGGGUCAGGUUACAUCAACUUUGUCAGGGAAGGACAGAAGGCAAAGGGUAGCCAGAACACAAGCCUGCUACAAGAGGCCAGACACUGGGAGAUGAAGGUUGAUCUCCAACAGAAACUUGCAUUCCCAGAUGUUGUUCAAACAAACCUACGCCCUGAUAUAGUCAUCUGGUCAACAGCUCCAAAAAAGAUGAUACUCCUGGAACUGACUGUCCCUUGGGAAGAAAGAACUGAUGAAGCAAAUGAAAGGAAGCGGUCAAAGUACCAAGAACUGGCAGACAUGUGCAGGGAGAGAGGGUACACCACCUGGAUCUUCCCUGUAGAAGUAGGAUGUAGGGGCUUCCCUGCACAAUCUGUGUGGAAAGCGCUAGGAGCUUUGGGCAUCAAAGGCAGCGCUAGGAAAAGCUCUGUACGGGCCCUUGGCAAGGCGGCAGAGAGAGCGUCCAGUUGGCUCUGGCUACGACGCAAUGAAACGACAUGGAAGCCAUCACAGACGAGCAGUGAUUGA